GGGCCGUGCUGUGCGCGGUGACUGGUGGCGGCCCCGGCGGCAGCUGCCGGCGUAAUAGCGCGGUCGACGGCUUAGAGAAGUUCCGUAGAGGCGGCGGUGGCGCCGACGACGCGUUGGGCAGCGGGAGCGGGCCCGGAACUUGGCGCUCAGCAUGCCAACCGUGGAGGAGCUGUACCGCAACUACGGCAUCCUCGCCGAUGCCACGGAGCAAGUGGGCCAGCAUAAAGAUGCCUACCAAGUGAUACUGGAUGGAGUGAAAGGCGGCACAAAGGAGAAGCGAUUAGCAGCUCAGUUUAUUCCAAAAUUCUUUAAGCAUUUUCCAGAACUGGCUGAUUCUGCUAUCAAUGCACAGUUGGACCUCUGUGAGGAUGAAGAUGUGUCGAUACGACGCCAGGCAAUUAAAGAGCUGCCUCAAUUUGCCACAGGAGAAAAUCUUCCAAGAGUAGCUGAUAUACUGACCCAGCUUCUGCAGACAGAUGACUCUGCAGAAUUUAAUUUGGUGAACAAUGCUCUGUUAAGUAUAUUUAAGAUGGAUGCAAAAGGAACGUUAGGUGGCUUAUUUAGCCAGAUUCUUCAAGGAGAAGACAUCGUCAGAGAACGAGCAAUUAAAUUCCUGUCCACAAAACUCAAGGCACUCCCAGAAGAAGUGCUGACUAAGGAAGUAGAGGAGCUUGUCCUCACAGAGUCCAAAAAGGUCCUGGAAGAUGUGACUGGUGAAGAAUUUGUUCUGUUCAUGAAGAUACUGUCUGGGUUAAAAAGCUUACAGACAGUGAGUGGAAGACAGCAGCUGGUAGAGCUGGUGGCUGAACAGGCUGAUCUGGAACAGACCUUCAGCCCCUCAGACCCGGACUGUGUGGACAGGCUCCUGCAGUGCACGCGGCAGGCUGUGCCUCUCUUUUCCAAAAAUGUUCAUUCUACAAGGUUUGUGACAUACUUCUGUGAACAGGUUCUCCCUAAUCUCAGUACCCUGACUACCCCAGUGGAGGGUCUCGACAUACAGUUGGAGGUAUUAAAAUUGUUGGCAGAGAUGAGUUCAUUUUGUGGUGACAUGGAAAAACUAGAAACAAAUUUAAGAAAACUAUUUGAUAAGUUAUUGGAAUAUAUGCCUCUCCCUCCAGAAGAAGCAGAAAAUGGAGAGAAUGCUGGUAAUGAGGAGCCCAAGCUGCAGUUCAGUUAUGUGGAGUGCUUAUUGUACAGUUUUCACCAGUUGGGCCGAAAACUUCCAGAUUUCUUAACAGCCAAACUGAAUGCAGAAAAGCUCAAAGAUUUCAAAAUUAGGUUGCAGUACUUUGCACGGGGCCUUCAGGUUUAUAUCAGACAACUUCGCUUGGCUCUCCAGGGUAAAACAGGCGAGGCCUUAAAAACAGAGGAGAACAAAAUAAAAGUUGUUGCAUUGAAAAUAACAAACAAUAUCAAUGUUUUAAUCAAGGAUCUCUUCCACAUUCCUCCUUCUUAUAAGAGCACAGUAACAUUGUCCUGGAAACCUGUACAGAAAGUUGAGAUUGGGCAAAAGAGAACCAGUGAAGAUACAAGUUCAGGUUCACCACCCAAGAAGUCUCCAGGAGGACCAAAAAGGGAUGCCAGGCAGAUUUAUAAUCCUCCUAGUGGGAAGUACAGCAGCAAUUUGGGCAACUUUAAUUAUGAGCAGAGAGGAGCCUUCAGGGGAAGUAGAGGUGGCCGAGGUUGGGGAACACGAGGAAAUCGUAGUCGAGGAAGACUCUACUGAGCGUAACAUCACAUUCUUCAGCAUUGUCAUGAGCUUAAUAUUCUUAAAUCUACUACUCAUUGGAUUGCCGGGGAUGUCCCUUUAAAAGGACUGCUGCCUUCAGCUGAAAAAGUAAUGUUCUUUCUACCUUUGUAUGUAUGAUCUACUUUUGUAAAAGACCAUGGUUGUGUUUAAGGUAAAAACCACAGCAAUAUUUUUGGAUGCUUUGUCUGCAACCUUGACUUGUUUUCACAGUAUCCUCAUUAUCCAGACUUCAUCUUGUGAAUCUUGCUUUUACAAAUCUUGAUAAUUUGUUAUUGGGAACUGAGUCUAAUGGAAAAUUCAGUCUAGCUCUUCAUCUGGUAAAGAUCAUCACGUUUAAAAGGUUACUUGUUUUUUCCCCAAUUUGUUACAGUUUUUUGCCCAAUACAUGGAGAAGAGUAAGAAUCAGUCUUAACCUUUUGCUUUCAUUGAUUUCUAAUGAAGCUGCUAGGAAGUGUUGUAGCAUUCCUACCAAGGCUCAAAAAAAAAACACCAGCUUCUUACAGUGUACAAGUGAAGUGAGGGUUUUAGAAGGAAGUAAUUGCUCAGCAUUGUGUCCUUCACUCUUCUCCAUAUUUUGGGAUAUAGCUUUUGAACACAGGGUCUUACUAUUUGAAUAAGAGUACGUGUGCAUAACAUGCAUACAGACAUAAAGCAUGUGUUGGAACAAAUCAAUAUUGUAAAUUCCAGAAAUGGGUCGUCUCACACAGUGAUUGUCCCUUUGAGGCUGAAUCCAUGGUAUCUUGGUAUCUAGGUUUUUGCUCCAAUAGGAAGGAAAUUGAGUCAUUCGUACUUAUAUGAUUAUUGUUUAAAACUAAAAGCAAACAAAGGCUGUUUUUUAGAGGCAAAUUUAAAGACCCUUUUUGGUGAAAUAUAGUCACAUCUGGUGUACAUACAGGUUCCAACAAAAUGUGAUAGUAUAAUUUAGGAUUGGAGACUUAAUAACCAGGGCUACCCAGGAAAGACUUGAUAACAUAGUACCCAUAAGAGUUGCCCACUCAACUCUUUUUUAUUUUAAGUUUGCUUUGCCACUUUCAAAAUUAACUUCUCAGGUUACUAAUCAGAUUAUUGUGUAAAUUAGCCAAUAGUCUUUAGAUUAAAACAACAGAUGGGAGGUUUGUGGAGUGUCUCAUGAUGGGCAUUUUUAGUAGCCCAGACCCUUUGUUCUCUAUUUGAAUGUUUCACAUAUUUUUUUGUUCCACAGUUAAUCUUCCUUCUCCCAAGUUUGCUAUUCAAAUAAGAUAUUCUGAUGGCAUUUCUAGUAGUUGUUGUUUUGUUUUGUGGGGUUUUUUUUGUUUUUGUUUUUGUUUUGAGAUUUUGAUUCCUACACAGGUGUCUUCAUUACCAUCACUUCUACACUGGGAAAAAAGCAAACCCCUUUGUAAGAAUCACUGUACAUAUUUAUGGUGAAAAUAUUUCUAAAAAGUCUAGAAUGAUACAAGUGAGCACAAGAAGUUGGUCAGCUUGACUAUGGAGUGCUGGCAAUAAUCUCUGAACAUUCCACAAGACUGAGCUGAACCUAGGCUCCCUUGGAAUCUGAACAGACAUAGGAACAUGGGAUUGCCCGUUGAAAACUGACCAUCUAGUAUGGACCUCAGAGAUAAAUCGUCCAUGGCCUAAAGCCAUUUCAAGUACAAAAACGAAUUGGACUGUAGCAAUAUAAAUUUGAACACAAUGUAAUUUUUCCCUUCUCUUGUCUGGGUGUAUUUGUAACCUCAGCAGAAGUAACCUGACCUCAUGUCUAAUGCAAAGCUCACGGCAUUCGCCCCUCAUCCCUUUGCUUCCCUUCCCUUGCCUAGGCAAUAGUGCAAAACUUAGUAUUCUUUUUGCUUCAGAAAUUUGAAUGAAAAUCUUCAUGCCAUGAAUCUGCAAGACACCUGUUUAUCCCCUUGUUUAAAUGUAAAUGUUCCCUUAUGCUUUUGAAAUAAAUUUCCUUUUGUAA